UAUUAGUGUUACAUAUGGUGUCAUAUGUCCGCCGCCGUCACUCAUACCCUGUAUGUGCAAUGAGACUACCCGUGAGCUGUCCUGUAAGGGUUCGGACAUUCAAUUGGACAGUGUGUUUGACGAGUUGUCCAGCUUUUUACCCGCUAAUCAUCGGGAUUUUGAUGCCUUUUAUCUGAACAGUCGCUCAGUUAGCCGACUUGUGGCCAACCAGUUCCGAUUGGUUCGCUUUCGGACUAUACUGUUGGGCGGUUCAAAGUUGACACACGUGCACCGGGAUGCGUUCAACGGUACCCAUCAACACGUACAGGAACUGUACGCUUUUGCUACCAAUUUGUCGCAAAUUGACGGCCAACCCGAUAGCGAUCUGUUUGCGGCGAUAGCGUUGUUAGAAAAUUUGCAACGACUAGUCAUCUCUGGCCAUAAUAUCCGACAUAUUCCCCAUAGAGCAUUCAAGCCGCGCAAUGCUACUAAUACUAUGGACCGUUUGGUGGACAUCGAGUUGGGCACCGGUAGCCGUGCGACCAUUGAACGAAUCGAUAGCCAAGCGUUUGCCGAUCUGCCGGCGCUCCGGUCGCUGAGUCUCGCGGGUAAUAAAAUUGAUUACUUAAGCGACGGUGCGUUCAGUUUUGAUGAGCCGUCAAACAAGACACUGACCGUUGACUUAGCCGGCAAUUCAUUAAACGACAAAAGUUUUGGCAGUACUGGACAGGCAUUUAUGGGAAUUAAUAGACCGGCAAAGAUUUAUUUAGGACUUAACGGAUGCAAUAAAAAGCUAACGGUUCUCAAUGAGACAGUAUUCGAGCCGUUUCUUAACGCACAUCCACUUAAYAUGAUAGACAUGGGUCGUGGCUGUCCAGGACUUGUAUGCAACGAUUGUCGUAUGCAAUGGAUUUAUCGUCAUCAUCAUCAUCAACAACAACAACACCGGCGACACCAUCACCCCCGGCAUUAUGAGCAACAGAUACGGAAUCUUAAAUGUAUAGCCAAUGGUGACGACAGUAAUACAGGAGCUGCCAAUAGUAGAGAUGACAGUKYUAGCAAUGGCGAUGGUGGUCGUACUGAUGAAACCAAUAAUUAUAGCAAUAAUACUAAUAAUAGUAAAUCGAAAUGUGGGUCACAACCAGCACCGUCGUCAUCAUCAUCAUCAUCGUCGCCAAAACCAUCAUCAGCUACCAGUGCUUUGCCAAUGGAUCCAAAGUCAUUAAAGUCAGGCGCCGGUCACUCARCACAAGCAAACAACAAAUCGUUGACAAUCGCCGACAAUGAAGACAAUGACGACAAUGCAUUGGAUGGUGACUAUGACUACGGCGACCCAACCGGCGGUUCAUCGGUGGUCAACGGCGGAGGUGUGGAAGUCGACCUGUGUCUUACCGACGAGUGCUACGAAAUAUCAACCGAAAUGAACCGCUAUCUGAAUCAAUCGUUAAAACCGUGCGACAAUUUCUAUGACUACGCGUGCGGGGGCUGGCAGGACAAACACCUAUUGGACUAUUUGAUACAAUUGUUGUCCAACGGUGGGGCCGAGUUCGACACGUUUGUCAAACUUAGGCAACAAAUUGAUGUCAAUUUGAAUGCAAUAUUGUCGUCAAAAACAACCACUAAUGCCAAUCGUGUCGGUGCUGCUGCUGAUGAUGAUAAUGAUGAGGACGAUGAUGAUGAUGAUGAUACUGUUAGUAGUAGUAGUAGCACUACUACUGGUGAUAAUAAGCGCAUGGAUGUAGUUAAGCACAUCGUAAAUAUGUAUCAAUUGUGCAAACAAACGGGCGAUUCACGCGCUAAUAUUGAUUCAUUGAGACGGGUGCUUAGGCAAAUGGGCGGUUGGCCUAUUAUUGAUGGUAAUGAUGGUGGUGGUGCUGCUGCUAGUAGUAGUAGUACCGGUAGUACCGAUAACAUUGAUAGUCAACAAAUAAAUAUGUCGUAUAACUGGCACAAAGGGCUGGUUUAUGUGCUAUCAUACAUACGAAGCGAUAUUUUAAUAAAUUUAGAUUACGUUAUAAACGAAAAUUCUGUCAAACAACUCAAGUUAAAGUUAGAAAUCUCUCAUUCAUCGUUCAUAUUAUCGUUGCAAACAUUGGUCGACAUUAACCGAAAAUCUGCCCAAAAGGAUGUCAUGGCUUACGGCCGAUACAUACACGAUGUGGCCGUACUGAUGGGCGCACCAAACAGUUUUGACAAACGCAACGAUCAUAAUCGUACUAUUAAUGCCGUAUAUGAUAUAAUUAAGUUUGAGUCAGAUAUGGCUAAAAUUUCAGACAAAAGUACGGGAAAAGAGUUUCAAUUGGAGCGACCAUUGAAUGUCUUAAAUUGUUUUAUCCGUGAAAUCAAUUGGACGGCACUGUUGGCUAACAUAACAGCCGGCAAUCAUAAUAUACAGUUUCAGCCGAUAAUAAGCCAAAUGAAUGCAAUCGUCGACAUUCAUUAUAUGCUACGAUUGUCGCAAUUGUUAGAAAAAACCGAUCCGAUAGUGAUUGCUAAUUAUAUCGGUUGGCGAGCCAUUGAAUCGUUGGGCUUUCUGGCACUGGGUCCUCAAUUUUUAGAAAUUCAGCAUAAAUUUCACGAUAGCCAACAAAACGAGCGAACAAAACAAUUGUGGCGCCAAUGUUUGCAACCGUUAAAAAAACACGUGCCAUACGCCCUGACCAGAGAGUACGCGGCCCGCUAUUUGCCGCCCGACGAACGUCUCCGGGUGUCCGAUAUUAUUGGUUCAGUAAAACAGUCGUUCAUUGGACUGAUAGGCGACAAACAAUGGCUACACAACAGACACGAAUUUAUCAACAAAGUUGAGACAAUCAAAGAUAAUAUUGGUUAUCCUGAUUGGCUGUUUGAUGACAACCAGUUCCGGGAAUAUCAUCGAAAUAUGACAAUAGUUGUCAACAUCAACAACAACAACAACAAAAACUAUACCAGUGAUGGCGGUAAUAGUAGUAGUAUUAUUAGUAAUAAUCGAUUAGUCGAUUAUUACAUCCAACUGUCCACAUAUGGCAUCCGUAACUACUGGCAAACAAUUGGCAAACCUGUAAAUAAGUCGACCCACUGGGAUCAGUCACCUUUAUCGGUGGGCGCAUCGUAUGAUAUUAUAGAAAAUUUAAUUACAAUACCUAUUGGUUUACUACAGUCUCCUUUUUACGAUAGCAAAAGGCCAGCAUAUAUCAAUUAUGGAUCGAUCGGAUCGUUUGUUGGCCACGAAAUAUCGCACGCAUCGAUGCCCAGGUAUGACGGCGACGAUCGGCUCCGGUAUCCCUGGGAUAAGACAAAUAUCAAUCUGUUUCUGGAAAAAGCCAAAUGUUUUGUCGACCAAUACAGUUCAUACUUUGACCAGUCGACUGAUAUGAAUUUGGACGGCAUGAAGACCUUUGAGGAGGACAUCGGAGACAUAGUUGGCCUAAAAGCUUCGUUUAUUGCGUUCAAUAAUCUGGUAAAACAUAGUAAUACUAACAACAACAACAACAACAAUAUCAGUGCCAAAAAUGACUUCAAUAAUGUCAACAACAACUAUAGCAAUGACAUAAAACUAUUGCCCAACUUUCCCAACUAUACGCCACAGCAGCUAUUUUUCUUAUCCUACGCACAGAAAUGGUGUCGAUAUAUAACGCCCCGACAGGUGAGACAAAAAAUACUACGCGGUGUCCAUUCGCCCGAAAAAUAUCGGGUCAACGGCGCACUGUCCAACUUUGGACAGUUUGCUCAAGCAUUUGGCUGUCCAGUCGGCUCAGCAAUGAAUCCACAGAAAAGAUGCGAAAUGUGGUAACAGUUUGAAUGCAGUGCUAAUUAUUUUUGAUGUGUUUGUGUGUACUGUAUAUGUGUGGCCUAAUUGGACACUAUUUUCUUCAUCAGUCCUCUUGUAAUAUAUAAUUAUCUAAA